AUGGGGUUGAUAGCUGAGGUAUUGUUCUGGUCAAGCGUGUUUUUAGGUACAGCUGGGUUAUUAUUUUGUGCCGUCUACGCUCUCAUUCUAUUCUCCGACCUUACCGCGGACCACAUCAACCCUGUUGAAUUGUGCGAAUUGAUCAACCGCUUGGUUUUACCAGAGUAUCUGGGACACGUCGCUCUCACAGCUGUUCUUUUGCUGAAGGGACUCCUCAUCCCGGCCGUCCUCAACCUGCCGCUAAUACUUUUCCAUACAUGGCGAUACCGAGAACGGAAGCAUCUGCUCGAUAAUACCUCGAUCUUCAAUGAUGUCGAGAAGGAACGCCCUAUUUGUGUCGCUAAGCUGGCGCAUCACCUUCUGAUGUUCUUUAUAUACCUGUACUUCUUCAUCAUAGCUCUGGCAGCAGCAUGA